CACCCCAAUGUAGGCUAAAGGUCGCGGGGCGCCGGCGGUGGAGCCUGGGCAGUGGAGUGAGACCGCCGCGAGCGCGCUGACAGCCAGCCGGUCGCACGAGUGACCAUGGCCGAGGAGACGAAGCCCAUCAGUCCCUUCAAGAACCUGCUGGCCGGAGGGUUUGGCGGCGUGUGCCUGGUGUUCGUGGGCCACCCUCUGGACACGGUCAAGGUCCGACUGCAGACACAGCCACCAUCUGCUCCUGGACAGCCUCCUUUGUACUCUGGGACCUUUGACUGUUUCCGGAAGACUCUUGUUAAAGAGGGCAUCACAGGGCUAUAUCGGGGCAUGGCUGCACCCAUCAUUGGGGUCACCCCCAUGUUCGCUGUAUGCUUCUUUGGCUUUGGCUUGGGAAAGAGACUACAGCAGAAAUCUCCAGAUGAUGUUCUAAACUACCCACAACUGUUUGCAGCUGGGAUGUUAUCUGGUGUGUUCACCACAGGGAUAAUGACCCCUGGAGAACGGAUCAAGUGCUUAUUACAGAUUCAGGCUUCCUCGGGGGAAACCAAGUACACUGGUACCUUAGACUGCGCAAAGAAGCUAUAUCAAGAAUUUGGGAUCCGAGGCAUCUACAAAGGGACUGUGCUCACCCUCAUGCGAGAUGUUCCAGCCAGUGGGAUGUAUUUCAUGACAUACGAAUGGCUGAAAAAUAUCUUCACUCCAGAGGGAAAGAGGGUCAGUGAGCUCAGCGCACCUCGGAUCCUGAUCGCUGGUGGAUUCGCAGGGAUCUUCAACUGGGCUGUGGCAAUUCCCCCAGAUGUUCUCAAGUCCCGCUUCCAGACUGCACCUCCUGGAAAAUAUCCUAAUGGUUUCAGAGAUGUACUGAGAGAGCUGAUCCGUGAAGAAGGUGUCACAUCCUUGUACAAGGGUUUCACUGCGGUGAUGAUCCGAGCCUUCCCAGCCAAUGCGGCCUGUUUCCUUGGCUUUGAAGUUGCCAUGAAGUUCCUUAAUUGGGUCGCCCCAAACUUGUGAGGCUGAAAGCUGUCCAAGGCUUCUGGAUGCCGGGAAACUGUCAUCAAGGAGAAGCAGUGGACAGGACUAUGAUAGUCCUGAAGGGUGAGGGGAGGGGGAUGGUGGGGUCAGAGCUCUGUGCAUGAACAUAUGGUGAAACCAUUGCCUUAAUGACAUCCUCUGCCUUGUAUAACUCGGUGUGCCAUUUUGAAACUUGAAUUCACUCUUGUCCAGGGGGACUCAAGAGAAUUUAGAAAUGGAGUGAGUAGCUUGUAGACCUACUGUCUGUGACCAUGUUGCCACCUGCUGGUUGAUUGCUGGUCCCACGAUACCCAAAGUAUUCCUUGCUAAAGAGGUGACGUCUGUCUCUCACUGAAGGUACUUUACCUGUUUUCAACUAACAAACCAGAAAGUGGGAUGUUCUUCAGUCCCUAGCUAGGAAAACCCAACUGAUUUCUAGGGUGCAGUCUAAUCCUACGUCAUAUAUAUAUAUAUAUAUGGGCUCAAAGCCCACAUUUACCUGUCCAAAUGGACUAGAUGGACAUACCCAAUAAUGGACAGCCUGUUAACUGUUGGAUUUUGAUAUUUUUAUAUAAGUAAAUAAUAAAAGUUAAACUAUAAUUGCCUUAUUUAUCAGGAGAAGUUGAAUGUUCCCUCCUACACAAUGAGGACAGUCCCAGCCUGUCGGGAUAAGUGGGAAAAUCCAGGAUAUAGGAAGGCUGUUUUUGCACACUCUUUCCCCAUGAAAGCACCCUAUUUUAAUAGGAAACAAUAAAUAUUGUUUCUAUUUUU